AUGGAGCGGAGGUGGGUCUUCGUGCUGCUCGACGUGCUGUGCGUCCUGGUCGCCUCUUUGCCGUUUGCUGUCCUGACGCUGGUGAACACGCCCUACAAACGAGGCUUCCACUGUGGAGAUGACUCCAUUCGGUACCCAUACCGCCCAGACACCAUCACCAAUGGGCUGAUGGCCAGUGUCACCAUCACAGCCACCGUAGUCCUUGUGUCGGCUGGGGAGGCCUACCUGGUCUACACCAACCGCCUCUACUCCCACUCCCACUUCAACAACUACGUGGCUGCCGUGUACAAGGUGCUGGGGACCUUCCUGUUUGGGGCAGCGGUGAGCCAGUCCCUCACAGACCUGGCCAAAUACAUGAUUGGCCGCUUGCGGCCCAACUUCCUAGCUGUCUGUGACCCGGACUGGAGCCGCGUCAACUGUUCCGUUUAUGUGCAGCUGGAAGUGUGCCGAGGGAGCCCAGGCAAUGUCACUGAGGCCAGGCUGUCUUUCUACUCCGGACAUUCUUCCUUCGCCAUGUAUUGCAUGGUGUUCUUGGCGCUCUACGUGCAGGCGCGGCUCUGCUGGAAGUGGGCACGGCUGCUGAGGCCCACGGUGCAGUUCUUCCUGGUGGCCUUUGCCCUCUAUGUUGGCUACACCCGCGUGUCUGACCACAAGCACCACUGGAGUGACGUGCUGGCUGGGCUGCUGCAGGGCGCUCUGGUGGCUGGCCUGACGGUCUACUACAUCUCUGACUUCUUUAAAGCCCGCCCCCCGCAGCCCUGUCCAGAGGAGGAGGAGCUGGAGAGGAAGCCUAGUCUGUCACUGACAGUGACUCUAGGCGAGGCUGACCGCAACCACUACAGAUACCCUGUGGCCCCCUCCUGA